AGAAAAGCUUGGUAUAGAUAUGAAGCAAAUCAAAAUGUAGCAUAAUUCAUUUACUGGACAGUUAAUGAAUAACCUUUAAGUGGCUCGGGAAUUAUGGCAUUGGAACUGUGGAGAAGGAAAUAUAAAAGACCGCACAACACUUGGCUCUCCUGAAUCGUGAACAUGACAUUGGCUCUCUGGAUUAUCAGGAGUCUAUAGUUGACAUUGAGUCCAGGCUGAGGAUGGAAGGUGUAGAACUUAAGGAAGAAUGGCAAGAUGAAGAUUUUCCAAUACCUUUACCGGAAGAUGAUAGUAUUGAAGCAGAUAUAUUAGCUGUAACUGGACCAGAGAGUCAGCCUGGCUCAGUAGAAGUUAAUGGCAAUAAAGUAAGAAAAAAACUAAUGGCUCCAGACAUUAGCCUGACUCUGGAUCCUAGUGAUGGCUCUGUGUUGUCAGAUGACUUGGAUGAAAGCGGGGAGAUUGACUUAGAUGGCUUAGAUACACCAUCCGAGGACAGUAAUGAAUUUGAGUGGGAAGAUGAUCUUCCCAAACCUAAGACUACUGAAGUUAUUAGGAAAGGCUCAAUUACUGAAUAUUCAACAGCAGAAGAAAAAGAAGACGGACGACGAUGGCGUAUGUUCAGAAUUGGAGAACAGGACCACAGGGUUGAUAUGAAAGCAAUUGAGCCCUAUAAAAAAGUUAUCAGCCAUGGAGGAUAUUAUGGGGAUGGAUUAAACGCCAUCGUUGUGUUUGCUGUCUGUUUUAUGCCCGAAAGUGGUCAACCUAACUAUAGAUACCUGAUGGACAAUCUCUUUAAGUAUGUUAUUGGCACUUUGGAGCUGUUAGUAGCAGAAAACUACAUGAUAGUUUAUUUAAAUGGUGCAACAACUCGAAGAAAAAUGCCCAGUUUGGGAUGGCUCAGGAAAUGCUAUCAACAGAUUGAUAGACGGUUACGGAAAAACCUAAAAUCUCUAAUCAUUGUACAUCCCUCUUGGUUUAUCAGAACACUUCUGGCUGUCACAAGACCAUUUAUUAGCUCAAAAUUCAGCCAAAAAAUUAGAUACGUCUUUAAUUUGGCAGAACUAGCGGAACUUGUCCCCAUGGAAUAUGUUGGCAUACCAGAAUGCAUAAAACAGUAUGAAGAAGAAAAGUUAAAAAAGAAACAGAAAAGAGUUGAUCAAGAGCUUAAUGGAAAACAAGAUGAACCAAAAAGUGAGCAGUAAGAUUGGCAUGGUCCAAACAGACUGAAGAACGUGCUGAUGAAGCCGUGCUCUUCUUUGCAUUUAUAAUGCAUUUACUGGUCCUGAUUUUUAUGUAACCUGUUACAAAAUUGACUUGACUUUUUCUUAAAUGGACUUUUGUAUAAGGGACUGUUCACUGCUGUACUGGUUUGCAAAUCUCUUGAAUUUAGCUCUUUACUAUAAUUAUAAUCAUUUUAUAUUUUAUAUUGCUAAAUAGCAGAGAACCACACUUUAUAUAAAGCAGGUUUUGCAUUUGUUUAUUAAAUGAUGCAUCUUCUUCAGUAAAAUAUUUAUAUGUCUAAAUGGAAAAGGAAAGAGAUAAUAUAUAUUUUUAUGUUUUUGAGCAAUAUUUUUUAAUGUGUAACUCUCUUGUGGAAGAAUAUGCAGGUAAAUAAGACCAUGAUUUUGUAAAGUGCAUGUUAGAAUUUUUGUUUUUGUAAAUGGUUAAAUACAUUUCCUGGGUCACUUAGAAAAUAAAGUUGCUCAUAAGAUGGGACAGUUAAACUGGUUUUCAUGAACACCCAAAGGUCAUGUACAUAAUCUAAGUAGAUUAGUACCAUUCUGAGCUUUUUUCUCACUUAAUGUUUAUUGUGUCUCAAUUCAGACACACAAAUACAAGUGUGUUGCACACUUUUUCAUUUUUAAACUUUCAGACAAGUGAAAAAGCCAUUUUUAGAAUUAGAGAAUGUAAGAGGUUAAGAAUUGGGGUUUGUAUAUAUGUAUAUGUCAGACAUUUUGUCUUCUGGCCAAAAGUCAGAACUUGAUAAAAAUUUUAGGUUUGUUCACUUAAUGUGAAGUAAGCUUGUGUGUCCAGGGUAUCACUCUCCUGAAUUUGUGUGAGUGCAGUGUACUGUUCAGAGGAACUGUCACUACUUUUCUUUAGAAAACAGGGGCUGCUUUAUUAACUGAUCUCAGUGUGGGCUCUUGACCAAAAUACUUCCUAUCGGGUGUUUGACUUAGGCAGAUAUGGUAUGUUUCCACAUUUUCUGUUGGAUCUUGUUGACAGUACUGUAAAUUAAGUUAUUUUGUAAGUCUUAGAGCAUCAUUAUAUUAUGCUGUCUUGGAUAGCAUUUGGUGUAAGCAUGUAAAAUUCUUUAAUUUGGUAAGUACCUUGACUCUACGUUGCAGUAAAUUGUACUUAUGCCCCCAAACAGAACUUAAUUACUCACAAAAUUACCCUAAAACCAGAUUGGUCUAAUACUGUGUCAUGUACUUGUGGGGCUCAUAUACAUUUGGUAAACUUAGUACCUUCAUAACUUAAGGGUCGUACCACGUUCCAGCCCCUCCUAUGAGGUAAUUUACAAAAGAAUAGCAAAAUUGAUAGCUAAGCUUAUAUCCUAGACUGAACACACAUGUAGCUUUAUCAUUGCUGUUUUUAGUAAAAAAGUUUCUACCACAAAAUAGAAUUGUCUUUUUUAUCCUUCUCAGGCGUAAACUUGACAGGCUAACUCCAAGCCCACUUGUGGGAGAUGCUGGAGGGUUCCCAGGAUGAGAUUUUCCUCAGCAGCCUCCUGACUUAACUUGGAUCCAGCAGCUGUAGGCAGGUCCCAAACUAAUGUCACUAUAAUGAAUAAAGCCAAAACCAUUAUUCCGUGCUCCAAUCUUAGAAAUACUUUGUGUUCAAAAAGCAAACCACCAAUAACAGCUUAGACAUUCCUUCUGAACGCUUACCAUACGAGGAUUACGAAUAAGGGUGCGUACUGAAUUGAAGUGUGAUUAGGGUCUUUAUUUGUAGAGCACAUUAAGUCGUCUGUCAUCUAUAAAUUUCUAUCUCAUUCAAACUGGGCUGAGCUUUUAAAGUAGGUGGCUGUGCGCCACCUUAUGUGCCCAGUUCUUCACUUUCAACACUUUACACUGUCGAUUGCCUUUUGCAAGCAUUGUUCCUGCCUAUUGAUACAACUUACUGCAAAAGUGUAUUUUCUAUGUGUUGUUUUUUUUUUAAGUAGAAGUACCCUGUAUUCUAUUAGAACAGUAAAAUUCAGAGAGAACAGUGAUAACACUUGGGAUAUAAACAAAGGGAUGUGCUGGGAAUCACUAGAUUUAAAAGGAUUCCUACUCUAACCGACACCUUAAUGGAAUCUGCUAUAGGGACGUGCCCUGUAAUUUCUCUUAACUGUGAGACUUAAGAUCAUAACAAGGAGGUUAGAGGAAAAGCAUUUAUUGUUACUUGUAAUUUGUGGCUGUGAGACAUUUUCCCCGUAUCAUUUAAUUUUAAUUUUCCAUUUUUGAUUGAGGUAAAAGUACAUAUAAUUGUGUGAUUUUAUCUUUCUGCUGGAAUCAUGGAUCUAACUUGUUUAAUUUGAUGCUCUUGCCACUGUUUUUUUUGUUGUGCUUGGGCUUUGAGUGCCUCUUUUUAGCCAGAAGUUUCUCGUAAAGGAAUUUGUGUUGUGCUCGGCCAUAUUCUUUAUUAGCACUAAGAAGACAGUAUAUUGAUCCUACAGUUGAAGCUGAAUAGUCUUACCUGGGGAUGGGGGGUAUGUAAAGAAAUAUGAUUCUAAGUAGGGCCUAGCGGAGAAGCUGAAAAGGAAGAUAACAAAAUAAGGAGGUAAGAGAAAGAAAACUAUAAAGGGAACUGUAAUCUAAGAAGGCCACUGAAUGUGUCCUUGUUAACGGAAGUACUAUAUAUGGCAAACAUUGGUACUGUUUCUUGUAUCAAGCAGGAAAACCUGCAGGCUACGCACAGAAUAUGUGAAUAGGGAGACUGGAGUGGAAGGGAAAAGGCUGGUAGUACCUGUAACAAGAAUUCAUACCUUCCCCUGCUUUCUUUGUCUCUUCAUAGCAAAGUAAGUUUAAAUAGGGAAAGUCAGCAAUUACAACGCUCAGAUUGAAGUUCAGGGCUAGGUUACAUUUCGUAUUUCAUGGUUGGUAAACAUUAAUGUAGUUUUCCAAAAUGGACACCACUAUUUAAUAACCACACUGGAUAGUGAAAUUUGUUGAUUGAAAAGUGUAUGUAGGUAGCUAGACUUUCUUCAGCUGCAAUUCCAGAAUUUAAAAAAGAAUUUUAAGAAGAAAUCUGCUUUUUGAUAGACUUCUGGUAAAUGACUACAUAGCAUUACUCCUUGGCUGCUUUUCUGUAUGUGUGCUCAGGGAAUUUGAAAGUGUUCUAAUUAAUGCAGAAGUGGCUUUUUAGAUUGCAAAUGAUAGUUAAAUUAGCAUCAGGACACAUCAGACCAGUUUCCUGAUGACACUGCUAUGGUUAUAUAUAAGAUGACAGCUUCAUCCUUUUUUCCCAUGUUGUAUGUGGAAAAUUGCCACCAUUGCUUGGUCAAGAGGAGGUUGAAAAUAGAUGUGGCUACCCCAGUUUUGUUUUCAUGCCUAUUUUUUCUCCUGCAUUAUGGCUAUUGGAGAAAUGGAUCACAAAUCUCAGAAUGAUGGGAUAGAUGGAGGAACUAAUGUACUUGUAAGUUUGAUCAAUUCUGUUCUUGUCACAGGGAACAGGCAUUGUAUAAUUUGAGUUGCUGGGAGAAAGAGUUACGGACGUAGACUUGAUUGGGAAGGUCAGCUGGUAAAGGAAGUGGGAGAUUAUCUGCUCAAUGUUCUAAUAGUAUAGAAGAGUUAACUGGGGAGUCUUUCGCCCCCCUCUUCCCAUCCCAGGAUUGUGAGUGAAUUAGAUCAGUGGUGCGUCCUAGUAAUAACAACUUUCCUUUAAAGUUCUAACUGGUAAUGUAAAAUAAGGUAAUAUGUUGGACUGCAAGGUGUGACACUAAAAUUUGAAUAGAACUGUUACUGCAACUGUAUAUGAUAGAUUACAUAAUUUUUUACGUUUUGAGAACUACUUUUAAAAUGCUAUGAAAAGUCUACAUAAAGUACUUACUAACCAGUUAAACUCCGUAAGAAAAUCAAGGGUUUAAUGCUUUUAUAUUACUGAAGAGUUAUAUAUAGUAAGCUGUUUACAUCAAAUGGCUGGCUGAUUCUGUCUUGUAAGACAUUCUACAAGAGUUUAAAGCAUUAGCAUUUUGAAAUUUUUGUUUUAACAUUCAGUGUACCUAAGGAAGAACUUAAAAACUAUUAGUUAGCUACUCCACUGCACUUUUUGUAUAUAAACUUUCUAAAGUUAUGCCCAUUAAACAGUUUAUUUACCUAAACCUAGCUAGUAAAUAGUGUUCAGGAAUAUUGAGUGUACAGCCCUUGGGGCAUCGUUCACAUGGAACACUGCAAAUUCAGAGUUUGUUAGACACUAACGCACUUUGAUAUAUAUCUCAAAGAUUCUAGCCUUUUUCUUAGUGGAAGUUCACAUGCUGUCAUUUAGACACAAUGUACUGCAAUCAUUUUACUACUAUUCAAAUGAUGCUGCCUAGCCUAGAGCUCUCAUUCUAAGUGCGAGAAAUUCAGGUCUAAUGACUGUGUGCAAGAUGUUGAUGUGGUCCCUGUAAGAAAUACUUGGGUCUUGAUAUAUCAAGAAGAUGUACUAUUUUAUUUUUCUUUUAAGGAAUAUGUUAAGGAAUAUGAUAACUUGUGUCCUGAUCUGUUGCACAUCAUAUUGUUGCAACAUUAAUGACUUUAAAUAAAUUAAUUGGAAAGUU